AUGUUAAAAGAGCGCUUUGUUGGUCUUCUCAUAUUUGCUUAUUUCCUGUUCACUUCACGUUUCAGUUCCGCGCACCCACUUUGCCGUGCUCAUGAAAGGUCAUCCUUGUUGGAUUUUAAGGCAAGCUUUGCCAUUAACAAGUCUGUUUCUAGUGAUCCUUCUGCUUAUUCGAAGGUUGCUUCCUGGGCACAAGGACGGACGACGAGCAAUUGUUGCUUGUGGGACCGUGUUGAGUGCGACGAAGAUACCGGCCAUGUGAUCAGUCUCGACAUGAGCAGCAGCUUUCUCUAUGGCAACAUCGACUCUAACAGCAGCCUUUUCAAACUGGUUCACCUUCAGAGGCUUAACCUUGCUGAUAACAAUUUCAAUUACUCUCAAAUACCAACUGCUAUCAGCCAUCUUCCUAUGCUGACUUAUCUCAACCUCUCAUACUCCUUAUUUUCUGGCCAAAUCCCAUCUGAAAUUUCAGGACUAUCCCACUUGUCUUCUCUUGAUCUGUCUCGCAAUUAUGAUUUUAAUUCUCGAGAAGGCUUGUUGGGCUUGUUGGAACUCAAAAGACCUGAUUUCAGUAGCCUCAUUCGAAACUUGACAAACUUAGAAGAACUUUCUCUGAGUUUUGUCAACAUAUCAUCCACAGUGCCUACUUCACUCGCAAACUUUUCUUCUUUGACAUCUCUCAUCCUAAAAGGGUGCGGACUGAAAGGUAAGCUCCCUGUCGAGCUCUUUCAAUUGCCUAGCCUACAAAUUCUCAAUGUGAAGUCAAAUAAUUUCUUUGGUGAAUUGCCUCAAUUUAACCAAACCAGUGCUUUAAACGUAUUGAACCUGGCAUCAAAUAGCUUUUCGGGGGAAAUACCUACAUCAAUUGGGAAUUUGAAUUCCUUGACUGAGUUUCAUGCUUACGACUGCGGCCUAUCCGGGGAGAUUCCAUUCUCCAUUGGAAAUCUUACGCAUCUCAAAUAUCUAGACCUUUCUAUAAAUAACUUCUCCGGCCCAAUCCCUUCCUCUAUUGGAAACCUUACCCAACUCAUUGAAUUAGACCUUGAUUCAAAUCAUUUUAGCGGGCCAAUUCCAUUAUCAUUUUCAAAACUCAUAAAUUUGGAAUCUCUUUACCUGUUUAAAAAUGAGUUGAGUGGCACGGUGGAUUUUGAUAUGUUUCUUCGCCUCAAAAAUCUUACAGUGCUAUCUCUGUCGAACAACAACCUCUCACUGAUCAUUAAACCUAGUGUAGACGGACCUCCUCCACAAUACAUAUUUUUAGGAUUGUCCUUUUGCAAUUUAAGCAGUUUCCCCGACUUCCUGACGCAUCAAGUAAGAAUGGAGAAUUUGCGGCUUCAAGGUAACCAUAUUGGUGGCCCGAUUCCUGCAUGGCUGAUGAACAUGAGCACGGAGACAUUGUUAGGCAUAAGUGUCGCUGAAAAUUCCUUGACUGGGGAACUUUCACGAGCCAUUUGCAAUUUUAGUUCCCUUUCGGUCCUUAGGUUGUCCGGAAAUAAGUUGGUUGGUGAGCUUCCUUUGUGUUUGGGAAACUUCAGUGAUUCGCUGGCGGCGUUGGAUCUCAGAGAUAACUCUUUUUCCGGCAGCAUUCCUACAUUUGCAAAGGGUAACCAAUUGAGGAUAAUAGAUCUAAGUCAUAAUCAGUUGCAAGGGAAAUUGCCACGGUCACUGGCGAAUUGCAAGAUGCUUGAAUCCCUUUCUGUGGAAAACAAUCAGCUCAAUGAUGUUUUCCCCUAUUGGUUGGAGUCUCUUCCAGAGCUGCAAAUUCUAGUGUUGGGGUCGAAUAAAUUCCAUGGAGUAAUCAAGGCACCUCAAACCGACCUUGGUUUUGUAAAGUUGCGUAUAAUUGUCAUAUCUUAUAAUAACUUCACUGGAAUGUUACCGUCUAAUUUCAUUCAGAAUUUGAAGGCCAUGAAAAGCAGUAGCGUUGGGGAUUUGCGUUACAUGGAGACAACAUAUACACUAAGGCCAAGCGGUGGUAAUGAAGUGACUUUUCUCUUUGGCUUCACAAUUACUAUCACAAUAAAAGGGGUGAGGAGAUAUUAUCCGGAAAUCAAUGACGAUCUUUCAUUCAUAGACCUCUCAAACAACAACUUCGGUGGAGAAAUUCCAGAAGUCCUCGGAGACCUAAAUGGGCUUUAUGCUCUCGAUCUAUCCAACAACAAUCUCACGGGUGGCAUACCAUCGGCCUUGGCAAACCUAAAAAGAUUGGAAUCCUUGGACCUUUCGCAAAAUAAGCUUUCGGGAAGGAUCCCUCCGGUGCUGGAGCAGCUCAGUUUUCUUCAGUACUUCAAUGUCUCUCACAAUAACCUCGCAGGGCCUAUACCACCAGCAAACCAUUUGAUGACCUUCGGGAGCAGUUCAUACGAGGGCAACUUGGGAUUGUGUGGAAUUCCAUUGCCAAACAAGUGUGGAAACUCCGAGGCCUCAGGACUGGUGCCGCUUCCGUCGUUUGAUGAAGAGCAAGAAGAUCACUCAGGGUCUCCUUUUCAGUUCGGUUGGAAAGUUGUGGCGAUGGGGUACGGCUGCGGCUUUGUUGUUGGAGUGUUUAUUGGGCAUGUCGUGAUUACAAGAAAAUCCAGGUGGUUUGCCAUGACUUUUUGUGUGAAGAAUUUGCAUGUGAAAAGGAAGCCAAGGUCGAAACGUGGGAAUUGA